AUGGGUGAACCUGAGCCCAUCGACUGGGAUUAUUACAGGAAAGGCAUUGGCACUCGGCUGGUGGAUUUGUACAAGGAGCAUUACGAGAAUAUGUUUCACCACUUGAUUGAGCUUAAAGAAGUAGGGGAGAAAUAUACGAACGAGUCUGAACGUUUGGAAAAAGAUAUUAUUGAAGUACAAGAAGAGCCCAACAUAGUUGCAUUUGAGUCUGAGUCAGGGAAGGCUAUGCCAUGGCAUGGAACUUCUUUGUACGAGUCUCUAAAGGCUUUGAAAGAAGAAGCAGCUACCCUUUCUCACUCUUCCCCGAACAUCCAAUCUCUUGAUACGAAUUGGAGACUAUACAAGAGAGGGCCGAUCGACAGGAGCGAGGAGCUAGCCGCCUGA